AUGAAGCGUCUGCACACCAGGACAAAGCAUAGCGCUCAAGGGUCGAACCCGGUGCCUGAAGCUUCGGGAGCUAGUCAAUUAGUUCACAGCGGGGCCUCAACGGGACAACCGAAACCCGUUGUUGAAACACCAGUGCUUGGGCUAAUUCAGCUAUGGCCUGAUCCAGACCUCGAGAGCGCCUCACAUAUCCAGACAGAAGUAGAUCUUGUUGCAAUUCACGGGCUCGGAGGCCAUGCCUAUAAGACUUGGAGAGAAGGGGAGAAGCUGUGGCUUAGGGACUUUCUCCCUCACGAUGUUCCAACUGCUCGAGUUUUGACCUUUGGAUAUAAUGCUGGCGUCGCUUUUACGCAGUCCAAGUCUAACAUUAGAGACUUUGCAACUUCGCUCCUCGAAGAAAUCCGCACGUUUCGGCGCAGGAACAAAGAAGCAGACCGAAAAAUGAUCUUCGUAUGUCAUAGUCUUGGGGGCAUCGUGUUCAAACAGGCGCUUGUAAUUGCGCACGAAAAAGAAACUCGUUAUGGUUCGAUUAAGGAAGCAGUGGCGGGUGUCAUCUUCCUCGGAACACCUCAUCGAGGGGCCGAUAUUGCAUACUGGUCCAAGUUAUUAGCCAAGUUUGCCAACGUUUUGACUGCUGGUAAGAUGCGCGAGGAUCUACUGAAAGCCCUUGCCCCAAAGUCCACUGAACUCGGGACCAUCUGCUCCCAAUUUGUCGAGCGAGGCAUGAGGCUUCAGAUCUUCAGUCUUUAUGAGAGGCAUGAAACUUCUGGCUUAGGUUCUCUGGUCGUUGAUGAAUUUUCUGCCAUUUUGCAUCUCCCCAACGAGACUCCGAUACCUAUGGAAGCUGAUCAUAGGGGUUUGUGCAAGUACCUGACGCCCUCUGACUCUUGCUAUCGGACUGUGUUCAACUGUAUUGAGGAGUUGAUGGAUAGCUUGAUUGAGACUUCAGAACAGCCUUACUUUGAUUCAUCCCAACGCGAAUUUCUCUCCAAGCUCAGAGCUGUUGACCAUGAUACUGUCCUAAGCAAGAUACCGGGAGGAUGGACUCGGUCGUCAAGGUGGUUUUUGGAACUUCCUGAGUUCAAAUCUUGGAGAUUACUUCAAGGGCGGCAACAAACACUUUGGCUAUAUGGUGUUCCUGGAUCAGGCAAGACAGUACUUAUGAAGAGCAUCGUUGAAUUCCUGAACAGUCAAAGCGAUAUUGCUUCCUCUCCAGUAAUCUGGAAACCGAUAUCCUUCUUUUUUGAUGACAAGGAUCCUGAGAGGAAGACAUCGGACUCUUUCAUCCGAUCAGUUCUUGACCAGAUACUAGGUGACUCACGAUGUGCUAGUGUCAUUAGGUACCUCGAUUUCGAUCCGAGCAAGAUUCCAGACACCGAGAAGAGUCUUUGGGAAUGCUUUCAGACAAUAGUCAAGCGAUCUCGAGGUAUCAUAUUUCAACUGGUCAUCGACGCCAUGGAUGAAGCUCUUCGACAUAAUGAAAGCCCACCGACUAUAGUGGAUAAACUACGCGAUCUUGUCGAAAGCGAUGCCAGCGGUCGUGUAAGGAUGUUGCUAUCCCAUCGCGAGCAGCCCCCAUAUGGGUUUCCACAGCGCACAGAUGCUGCUGUGAUCAGCAUAGACAACGAGAAUACCCGAAAGAACGUCGAUGAGUUCGUUCAAAUGAAAGUUCGCAGUAGCCUCCAGGAAUCAAAAUUAUCGUUAUCUAUGGCUUCCACCAUCGAAGCAAAGAUAGUCAAGAAGGCUCAAGGGAACUUCCUCUUUGCGACCUUGGCUUGGAAACAGUUUUCGAAUGGUACCGUCCAAUGGACUCGGGACAAGGUCAAGGCUUCGCUCACCGGGCUUGACAAGACAUCCGAUGAUCUAGUUGACUUUUAUUGUCAACUUCUCAGCAAUAUUUCGAGCCGGUACAGGCAAAAGGCAAAGAUUGCUUUUACCAUCCUUCGACUCUGUAAAGAAAGUAUUUCUCCAACCCAGCUUGCUACCAUGGCAGUAAUGGUUGAUAUGGAGGGGAUUGAACAAGAUGAAGACCUGGAAGAGCUUAAAGCUCAGGCUGCAGACUUUGGAGAGUAUCUGGUUCAAGCAUGCGAGUACAUGGUCAAGAUCGACAACAACUCAGUUCAGUUCGUUCAUGUCUCUGUCAAAGACAUGCUGUCAAUGAGCUUGGCCAUGCACUCCCCAAGAAAUCAAUCGAUUAUCUCUGAGUUAACAGUGUCAAACUCUGAAGGUCAAUCAAUCAUGCUUAAUAUCUGUUUGAAAACCAUGCAUUUGGAGCGACGCAGUCCUGAGAGUUGGCUGGAAACGUACGGAGCCAUGACCGAAGCCCUCCGUUCUCUCCGCGAAACAUUCUCUGGUCUCGUGCCAAAUCACGAACAACUCACACAAAUUGACGAACUAACAAACUCACAUGUCGACAGUAUGUCCAAGACCUCUUGUCUUGCGUAUGCCGUUCGGAAUUGGUUCCAGCACUACAAAGAAGCUUCGCCGUCAGUUGAACAAGACGUCAAGAUUAUAAAUUUUCUAAGUACCAUGAAUGGAUGCUUAUGCUAUCUGCUGUGGUACCAGUUACCGACAAAGGACGAUGGUGGUAAAAUGCCGUACCUUUCGAGGUAUCCUGCUGCUCAUCUGCCACUGGAGAGUUCUCGGACGAUGACUCUUUUCAGAGUUAUUGCUUUGGGUGACUUGCCACGCCUUGUCGGCGCUAUUCUCCGUCGUGGAGUCAACAUAAACUACCUCGCUGGCACCGUCACACCUCUCUCAUGGUCUAUCAUAUGCCGAAGAAGAAACUCAUUUCAAGCCCUGCUCGAAAGCAAUGAGAUCGAAGUUAACUAUCAUGCUUACCGACAACGGGCUUCUAUACAUCACGCAGCCUCUUGUAUCGAAGACACAUUUUAUAUGGAGAGGCUCCUUGAAUUUACAAACAUCGAUGUCAAUGCAGUUGGCGAUAAUGGCACUCCGCUUCACGUUGCGAUCUCUUCCAAGAAUAUUCAGGGGGCUGAUAAGUUACUUAACCACCCUCGUGUGAAUAUAUAUUUCAAGGCUGAUAUGGAAGAAUCUCCUUAUUCUAUGGCUUUCAGACACAAGAUAUGGGAACCAUUUCUGUUGAGGAUAUUGGACAUGACUGAAAAGCCAAAGCCCCCAUCUACCAGGCAAGCGUACGGGACUUCACAACUUCUGUGGGCUGGCGUCCAUGGUUGGACAAACAUGGAGGAACGAAUUCUUCGCGAGGAUCAUUACCAGGUUUUCCUGGUUGACCAAGAAUCCAGAAUGAAUGCACUUGCGCACUACGCCUACUUUGGGCGCAAGGAAAAGUUGGCGUGGAUCAUUGACCGUCUUCCAACAUAUGGACUCUUGCUAAGAGGCGCUUCUGAUCGAUAUGAUCUACUCCAUCUAUGCGCAAGUCAGGACUGGGAGGAUAUGGUACAUCUGCUCCAACGGAAAUACAAGUUGAAAUCCCUCAAGUUUGAUCAUCAAGGACGGAAUAUGCUUCACUGGAUUAUGGAGCAUGGUUGGGACUUGGACCGCUUUGAUCUCUCGUGUUACAGUAUAUCAGAUCUCAGUUCACAAGACCGAGAUGGUCUAACGCCAAUGCAUAUAGCUGCUUCAAACAGAAAUAUACAUGCACUAGAAGUGCUGGUAAUAUCUGGAGCAGACCCAUACCUGAAGGACAAGCGCGGCAUGUCGCCAGCUCACCUUGCAGCGCAGGUUGGAUGGAGGAAGGGGGUUGAGUAUUUGACUGACACGUCGCAUAGAGAGCUCGGAAGAACCAGGGACGGGGCCACGCUGCUCCAUCUUGUUGCUAUAUGGUUUGAGGGUUCACUAGUCAGCAAGCUCCUCUGUUCGCGACAAGGUAUGACAAACGCCAGAGAUGGCAACAGACGAACGCCUCUACACUAUGCUAGCAUCAAUGACAACGCAUCUGCAAUGAUUGCACUCCUUGAUGCUGGUGGGGAAAUAAACGCAAGGGACGAGAAUGGUAUGACGCCACUGCAUGAAGCUAUUCGAUGCCUUUCGGUCAAAACAGCAAGACUUCUCUUGAAACGUGGUGCAGACUUCAAAGCCAUUGAUGGUUUUGGGCAAACCUGUCUCCAUCUCAGCGUCAGGUACAAGCACGAUGGUCUUCUCAAAAAGUUCAUCAAGAUUGGCCUUGCAGCCAACGCCUAUGAUAAAUUCGGGAUGAGCCCUCUCCAUCGAGCCUGUUCCACUGGAGUCUCUGAGCAUGUACAAAUGCUUCUCGAGAAGGGUGCCUCGUACAAAGCCCGAAACACCCACCAGAGAAGUCCACUCGAUAUUGCUGUUCAUAGAGAAAAUGUCAAAGCCAUCGAAGUGCUCAUUUCAUGGCUUGAUCACGCCGCGAAGAGAGGGAACAAGAAAUCCAGGAGGAGUCGCACAAGACAGGAGCUUCUUGACCAAGCACUGUUGCUAGCGUACCAGUUUGGUUGUGAAAAAGCAAGCGCCAGACUUCGAUCCGCUGGGGCCAAGGCUGAUAAAAGCACCAUAAGUGUUCGUCAAGUAUAUAUGGAUGGCCCUUCACCAGAGUCACGUUGGCCACUGAAGCCUUACAAAUCACAAGCCCGCAGUGCAAUAAACAAGGAAUUGUAA